AGUCCACCACUGAACAAGACACUCACCACCCAAAAGCUAUCCACAACCAACAUGUCAUCCCACUCAAGCUGUCUUGGUCCCAUCAUCAACUCGAUUACCGCCGGUCUGCGUCUGGAGAAUAGCCAAGAUCACGCAAACGCUGAGCACAACGAACAACAAGGGCUAUCAUCCUGUAAAUGUGGAUUUGGAGAACUCGAAUCCCAAUCACCACCGUUUGCAAGCAUGAUGAAAUUGCAAUAUCCCACUGGCCUUCAACCGCCCCGCUCUGACCAAGAAAAGCCCUUGAUCAACCUCCAAGACGAAAACGCGAUGGAUUAUCCCUCGAUCCUGGAGGAGGAAAUUGAUUCCCUGUCUGCCGAUCUACGCAAAUGGAGCAUGGAGAUCUUCGGGUUUGCGGAAAUCGCGAUGAAAGAAUUCAAGACGCACGACUUGAUUGCUCAGAUCUUUGAACAGACUCCCGGUUGGAAAGUUACUCGACACGCGUAUGGCAUCCAAACAGCCGUCGAGGCGGUCUUCACACUUGGCAAAGGCGGACGCACGGUGGGCUUCAACUCAGAAAUGGAUGCCUUGCCAGGGAUCGGGCAUGCCUGUGGUCAUCCCUUGAUUUGUAUCUCUGGGAUUGCUGCUGCCAUGGCUACUGCACAAGCUUUGAAAAAAACCAACACCCCCGGUAAAGUAGUUUUACUUGGAACACCAGCGGAAGAGACGAUUGGAGGAAAGAUCCAACUACUCGAGCAGGGUGCUUAUCGAGGCAUGGACGCUUGCUUGAUGUUACAUCCUGCGCCGUUUGGUGGGAUAUUACCGAUGCUCGCAAUCAGUCAGGUCAAGGUGGAAUAUUUUGGGAAAAAUGCUCAUGCCGCAGGGGCUCCUUGGGAAGGUAUCAAUGCACUCGACGCUGCGGUAUCCGCUUAUACCAACAUCGCGCUUCUCCGCCAACAAAUUCGACCGGACGAGCGAGUGCAUGGGAUCAUUCAAGGUUCAGAACAUUGGGUUUCCAAUGUGAUACCUGAUUAUGCAUGGCUAAGAUACGACAUCCGAGCGCCUACAAGAGAAGGGAUGGAGAAGCUCAAAUCACGGGUCAUGAAGUGCUUCCAAGCGGCUAGUGACUCGAGUAACUGUCGCAUGAAGAUUCAAGAAGAAAUGCUAUAUGCUGAUUUGGUCAACAAUCGCCCGUUAGCCAAAGAGUACCACAAGUACAUGGAGAACAUCAUGGGUAUUGCCGUCCCUAUGGAUGGGCCGGCACUUGGUUCGACUGACUUUGGAAAUGUGUCCUAUGAAGUCCCCUCGAUCCACCCCAUUUAUGCCAUUCCAACCUUACCGGGCCAAGGUAAUCACACCCGGGGGUUCACGGAUGCUGCCGCGACAGAAGAAGCACAUCGCCUCACGUUGAAAUCUGCUAAGGGCAUUGCUGUUGUCGCUUGGAAAGUCUUGGCUGAUAAAGCGUUUGCUGAGGAAGUACAGAAGGCCUUCAAGCCUUAGCUACACCUAUUUUUAAAAUUAUGCUUUGUAUCCAAUCGCAUGUAUCAUUGUCAUCUUUUUCGUCUCUCUGUCUUCAUUUCCUCAUGUCUCACAUCCAUGUUCCAGCAUAUACAGACUCCCAACCGGUCUGUCAUAUUAUUGUAUUCCAUCUACCAGAUCGUAUGUUACUCUUCUUUGUCUUGUUCUGUGUUAAAGCCAUGGUCUCAUGGAUGUAUUGACAGCCCUGUUGUACUAUUGAGCAAAUCCCCUCUCAUCCACAGACCCAGUCAUCACUUUUUUCUCCUGCUUUCAUCAUGAUGACAUGUGAUCUCUUUUCUUCAUACAUCAGACCCAAUAAUGAGGACAUUUGUUUUCCAGCCUCACA